AUACUACUACACUGACACUGACGUUUCUUUUUUUAUUUUUCUCAUGUUUUUCGCUUUUGAUUGUUUUAAUUUUUAUAGUUUUUGAAUAAUGAUUAAGGUUAUUGAUAUAUUAUAAGUUAAAUAAAAAAAAUCGUGUGUUAUAUUUUUAAUCAUGAAAUAUGAAACUGCUUUGGCUUAAUAAUGUCCCGAAUAAGAGGAAUUGAGACAAAACACAAAGUACAGAAAGAUGUGUUCCAAAAUCAACAAGGGUUUAAAAACGGUUGCUCUAAUGCGAUUAGAAAGAAAAGCGAUGACGAGACAUUUGAUAAAGACGAUGUGGAGAAACAACAGAUAGAUGAGCUGUUGCACAAACUUCCGGCUUUGGAUGAGAUAUUUGAAGUCCACCGCAAGAUUGGGGAGGGAACAUUCAGUUCAGUGUACUUGGGCUCCCUGCGCCGACACUCCACAUUGCCGGCCGCCGACCGUCGCUGGUUCGCCAUCAAGCACCUAGUGCCCACUGCACAUCCUGCCCGCAUAGAGCAUGAGUUGCGAUGCCUACAAGAUAUAGGUGGUAAGCACAAUGUAAUCGGUGUGGAUCUCUGCCUGCGCCACCUCGACACUAUUGUGUUUAUUAUGCCUUAUAUACCUCACAGGAAGUUCUCGGAGUAUGUGGGUGAAAUGGACUGGGGGGAGCUGCGGCGGUACAUGCGCGCGCUGCUGGAGGCUCUGCGCCACGUGCACUCGUUCGGCAUCAUCCAUCGCGACGUCAAGCCCAGCAACUUCCUCUACGACAGGGAGAACAAGAGAUACUUGCUGGUUGACUUUGGAUUGGCGCAGCGCGUGUGCGUGUCGCCCGACGAGCCGGGCGCGCCCAGCUCCGCCCUCGACCCCGCCCCCGCACCCGCGCACGCACACUCCAACAAACGCACAAGGGAGCAACUAGAGGACGAUUCGUCACCAGGAGCAAAAAGAAUGGCCCUCGAUCUCACGGUGGAGUCUAAGACGGUCAACGUCACCACCGACCUUCCUAAGAAAGUAACGGGACCUUCGAAGGUCCAGAUACCGAAAGCUGUGGCUCUAAAGAGGGAGGCGGCGGCGUGCGGGUGCGGGUGUGCGGGCGUGGGCGGGGUGUGUGCGGGCGGCGGGUGCGCGACGCGGCCGGUGGCGCGGGCUCCGCGGGCCGGCACGCAGGGCUUCCGCCCGCCCGAGGUGCUGCUCAAAUGGCCGCGGCAGAGCGCCGCCGUCGACAUGUGGGCCGCCGGCGUCGUGCUCGCCACCGUACUCCUCAACAGGUACCCGCUGUUCCGCGCGGCGGACGACGUGUCCGCGCUGGCGGAGCUGACGGAGCUGGUGGGCACGGCGGCGGUGCAGCGCGCCGCGCAACACCUCGGUCGGCGCGUGGUGACGUCGGUGCGGCGGCCGGGCAUGUGCCUGCGCAAGCUGAGCGCGCACUUGCGCGGCGCAGCCCCGCCCCCAGCCCCCGCCGCCCCGCCCUGCGCGCGC